AUGCUGGUGAUCGGAGGAUGUUUCGCAGCCCUCUUGGUGUGUCUUCUGACCCUUCAGUUUUUGAAGCUCCAGCGAGCCAGCCAGCAUCUGCCCCCCGGGCCAGUUCCACUCCCCAUCCUCGGCACUCUGUGGCGUUUGGGCUUCAGGUGGCAGCAAGGGACUCUCUCAAAGUUGUCCAAGGUUUAUGGGAAAAUCUUCACCAUUUGGGUCGGUCACAUUCCAAUGGUUGUCCUGAAUGGAUUUCCUGCUGUGAAACAUGCACUCAUCAACCAUGCUGAAGAGACAUCUUGGCGAGUGGUAACACCUUUUAUUAAAGAUACCAUGAAAGGGAAGGGUCUUCUGUUUGCAAGUGGUCCUGUCUGGAAGCAACAAAGACGUUUUGCGAUUUCAGCUCUACGGAUGCUGGGCCUGGGGCGGAAAAGCUUGGAGCACCGGGUGCAAGAGGAAGCCAGCCACUUGGUGGCGCUCUUGUCACACGAAAAAGGGAAGCCCCUGGACCCUUCUCUCCCGCUGUUUCACUCCAUCGCCAAUGUGAUCUCUGCGGUGGUUUUCGGCCAUCGCUUCUCCAUUCAAGACCAAACUUUUCGCAAACUGAUGGAAUGCAUCGAGUACGAAGCACACUUUUUCCUCUCCCCAUUUCAUUUGCUUUAUGAACUGUUUCCAGGACUCAUGCGUUAUGUCCCAGGACCAAAUCUGCAAGCCUUUUCCUGCUUGGAAUUUAUACAUUCAUUUGGAAGGAAGGAAAUCAAUAAACACAAGGAGAAUAAGCCGUCAGAUGGCCCACAAGAUUUCAUUGAUUACUAUCUGGCUGAAAUAAACAAACAAGAAGAUGAUUCCGAAUCCACCUUUGAUGAAGACAACUUGGUCCACAUUAUCUACGACCUCUUUGCAGCAGGGACUGAUACUACAGCCACCACCUUGCGCUGGGUACUGCUCUUUAUGGUCGCUUAUCCAGAUGUCCAAGAGAAAGUUCAGAAGGAGAUUGAUGCGGCUGUGGCACGGUCCCAAAUCAUCUUCUAUGAGGAUCGGAAGAAGAUGCCCUACACCAAUGCGGUCAUUCAUGAAGUCCUGCGUUUCAAUUAUGUCCUUUUAGUUGGGAACUUCAGACUAUGCUCAAGGGACACAAGCCUAUUGGGAUAUCCUAUUAAAAAGGGUACUAUAAUUAUUCCUGACAUAGCCUCUGCUCUGUAUGACCCAGAAGAAUGGGAGACCCCUCAUCAAUUCAACCCCAAUCACUUUCUGGAUAAAGAUGGAAAUUUUUUUACAAGAGAGGCCUUCAUUCCAUUUUCAGCAGGUCAGCGGCUGUGUAUCGGAGAGAACCUGGCUAAAACAGAGCUUUUCCUCUUCAUCACCAACCUGCUGCAAGCGUUCCGAUUCCAGCUCCCAGAAACAGUGAAGGACGUUGAUACGAGGCCGGUGAUCGGAGGGUUCGCCGUGCAGCCCCAUCCGUAUACAAUCUGCGCUCUUCCUCGCCAGAUUCUUCCUUGA